AGUACGAACCGUCCCUGUCAAAUGCAAGGAAAUUACGAAGCGGUCAUUCGAUCCACCAUCCUUUCUCGUAAGAAAUUGUUGCACUCGACCCAAAGGAAUGCUGCAACAGGUAAAAUGAAAAUAAGACCACCGAACUUGCAAGGAUUCAAGCACAAGUUCUUACAUACUGUAGGCUUUCGCUCCUUUCUUUUGGCAGACGAUAAGCAUGAUUGUGGUAGUAAGCCACCGUAUGUUUUGAAGAAAAAAAAAGCGAAAGGAAGGCGUCAUGGUCGAGAGAGUGCAAAUAUAUCUCGAGAAAUGGGCCCCUGACCCUCUAGUCUAACCCUGAACAAUGCGUGAGAUAGGAACAAGGCUUCAAUGACUUUCUUGUGAACCAUCCGCUGCAAAUCGGAUGAUCAUGCUAGGUUGACGAGAAUUGAUAGGAGGAGCGUGAUCCACUGAAUACAAUCCUCGACGCCUACACCUGGACACGAGUGGUUUGAUGCUUGCAACAAAGUGGUUUGCAAUGACCACUUCGACCUUUUGAUUUAUUGAAAACAUUUCCAGGAAAGCUGGCAGCGAUGAGAUGUACGCUCCGCUUGCUGGAUGCAGGCUUAACACACACUUGGAUCGUACUAUUAUUUCGAAAAUCAUUGUUUAGAAUGCAUAGUGGUGAUCGUGGAGGUCAUGUAGCUGCGAGGUACAAGUUCGUUAUUUUAUUCAAAAUAUGAUAUAUCCAUAUAUGGUAUAGUAUUCCAU